AUGAUAAGGACCGGUAUCAAAUGUCGGAUACUGAGAAGGCAAAUCCACAGUUCGAAUAGUCUAUUAAUCACUUUUGAAGGAAACACGCACGGUGUUCAGGGCACCGAUGAAGAAAGAAUGAGAAAUGUAUUUGGUGGGAGAAUAAAAGGAGAACCUCCAAAAUCUACAAGUCGAUACAUCCAACAGGGCUCAAGAGAUAUCGGUGGGAUUUCUGUACCUGAGAGACCUACAGAACCGGACAAUUGUUGUAUGUCAGGUUGCGCUAAUUGUGUUUGGGAGAUAUUUAACGAUGAAUUACGGGAUUGGAAACAUAGACGGAAAGAAGCUGCUGAGCAAAUUAAAGGUACUCAGGUGAAAUGGCCUGCUGAUUUUGACCCUCCUUUGAAAUUUUUGGAUAUUCAAAAUGUACCUAUGAGCUUGAAGACUAAAAAGAUCAAUCUGGACAGACAGAAACGACGGAGUACUGCGUCUUUAUUCCCUCCAAGAGAGGGUUCUUUGCCUAAAAGUGUGCUAGAGGCCAAAAGGCGACAUGCUCAAGAAAAACAAGAAGCUAAGGCUACUAUGGCAGACGAAGAUUCGGAAGAGGGAUGGGGUGAUGUACCCAUGUUCAUCAAGGUGUUUGCUGAGUUCGAAAAAAAGAAAAAGCUAGAGCAUCAGAAACAACACCAGCAACCUCCGGAGCCGAAAUCCAACUGA